ACAGGGGGUACAUCACCGACAUGCACCUACUGUCAGCAGUCACAUACCUCAAAUAGUUGCACCAAUGUCUCUAACAUCUCAGCACGAAUUGACAUUAUAAAGCGAAGUGGACGGUGUUUUCUCUGCUUGAGAAAAAAUCAUUUAAGUCGUGAUUGCAACUCUAAGUCAAGAUGUCAUAAAUGCAAUGGUAAACACCACAUAAGUAUAUGCACCAAGAAUAGCGGUCAUAACCAUGCCCAGAAUACCCCAUCCGAUACAGAGCUUAAGCAACAACAGCAUGAACAAACCUCUGAGAGCAAAAUCUCAAGCAACAAACCCAGUAGAUCAAAUCAAUCAGGGAAUAGUGGCACAAAAUCAUUGUUUACAAGUACCAAGACCCCAAUACUUCUUCAAACUGCAAAGGCAACAAUCCUUCCUGUGAGUAGAAAUGGUAAGAGUGGGAACGUGAGAGUUAUCCUAAAUGGCGGAAGCCAGAGGUCCUACAUCACCAGUCGGACACAAGAUUCACUAAGCCUACCCACUGAGCGAACUGAAACAAUGUCAAUAAAAACUUUCGGUUCUGGAGAAGAAAAUCUAACCACCUGUGAUUCAGUUAAUUUUAUUCUAGAAAGUCACACUGAUAAGGUACAGUUGUCCUUGUCAGCCUUCGUUGUGCCCACCAUAUGUGAACCACUGCAAUACCAACUUGUCUCACAAUCCCGCCACAAUUACCCUCACUUACAUGACCUAGUAUUAGCUGAUGAUUCAAUGGGAGAACUUGACUCGGAAGUGGACAUACUUAUCGGUUGUGAUCAGUAUUGGGACAUAGUGACAGGAGAGAUUCGAAAGGGAACAAAUGGUCCGACAGCUAUCAACACCAACCUUGGAUGGGUCCUGUCCGGACCAGUCGAGAACCAUUCACAACAGAGAUUGGAAGCAUCUGUAAACAUGUCAUCCACUCAUGUUUUGCAGCUUGAAACCCCACCAUCCCAACCAAUGCACCACGAAGAUGACCAACAACUGAGACGAUUCUGGGAUUUGGAGUCCCUCGGUAUAUCAAAGGAAGAGAAGUCGGUUGUUGAAGAAUUCACAAGUACCAUAGGUUUCAAGGCGGGAAGAUAUCACGUUGAGUUGCCAUGGAAAGAGCACCAUCCUUUACUGCCUGACAACUAUGAAAUGAGUCGUAAACGACUGUGGAGUCUACUCGAGCGCUUGAAACGUGAUCCCGAAGUCUUAAAGGAGUAUGAUGCAGUAAUAAAGGAUCAACUUACCAAGGGCGUUGUCGAGAUUGUUGAGAAAGAAGAUAUUGGAGAGCUCGGAAAAGUUCACUAUAUUCCUCAUCACGCUGUGAUCAGGCGAGAUAAAGAGACAACCAAGCUAAGAAUUGUGUAUGAUGCAUCCGCCAAAACAUCUGGUCCGUCCUUGAAUGAAUGCCUCUAUACUGGGCCCGCAAUGACCCAUAACAUCAUGGACAUUAUUCUUCGUUUUCGAAGCCACAAAGUAGCACUAGCGGGUGAUAUAGAGAAGGCUUUUUUGAUGAUAGCAGUUUCAGAAGCUGAUCGUAAUGUUCUACGGUUUCUUUGGUUCGAUGAUGUUUGGAGUGACCAACCUAAGAUUAUUGUCUUGAGAUUUGCGCGUGUAGUAUUCGGAGUAUCAUCCAGCCCGUUCUUACUGAAUGCGACUAUCAGUCACCAUAUCGAACAGUACCGCGCUCAAGAUCCUGCCUUUGUCGAAGCCUUCAUGCGAGCUGUUUAUGUAGAUGAUCUAAACUCGGGUGGGGAUGAUGACAAAUCUGCCUACACUCUUUACAAGAAAUCAAAGCUUAGAUUGGCAGAAGGUGGAUUUAACCUUCGGAAGUUUGUUACCAACUCGCCCGAACUGUUGACGAAGAUCAAAAGUGAAGAGAACCCUCUUCCUAGAACUAAUUUGAAGCCUAACCCUCAAGUGGACGAACCGCCAAACGAUUGCGUAAAUGAAGAUGAAACGUACUCGAAGAUUACGCUAGGAACAUCCAAUGAAUCCUCUAAUGAAGAGCACAAGGUUCUCGGGGUAGCGUGGAAUUUUGUUGAAGAUGAUCUUGUGUUUGAUCUUAGUCAUGUGACCGAAUUGGCAUCCGAGUGUUCCCCAACAAAGCGAAAUAUC